AUGGUCGGGAUCUAUGACAGCGGGCCCUACGAGGACCCGUUCGCUUGGGCAGGGUCCGACCUGGAACUGGCCCUACUCGCCCAGCAGCAGCAGCACCACCACCACCACCACAACCAGCACCUCACCGACCAGCUUGCCCGGUCCACGCCCGAGGACCUCACCUUUCCCACCGGACCAGUUCACCACCCUCAACAACAUCAUGACUUUCAAAUGCCGAUAUCAACCAUCGGAGGGAUUUCAAAAUCAGCAGCAGCAGCAGUCUCCCUCCCACCGACAGACCAGGCCUACCUCUCCCUCCAAGACUUCGAAAACACCACCAUGACCGACGCCGGUGGUAUCCAACCCUUUUCAGGCGACAUGGACCUCGAUCUCGACCUAGUCGAAGCCCUCGGCAUCCCACCCUUCCCCUCCUCAGCCGAACCUCAGCCAUCAUCCAUGACAGCAGACACCCUCAACACCCAACUAGAAACAGCCCGCACCCUCAUCUCCACCCUCCAGGCCUCCCUCUCCAAAAUCACACGCGAGCGCGACCAGGCCCGCAUGCAGCUCUCCACCGCCAGAAACGAGCUGUACACAGCCCGCCAAGUGGAAAAACGACUCCGGGUGGAAAGAGACGAGGCUCACACGGAGAGGAAGCAACUCAAGGGGCAGCUGGAAAGUCUUAAAAAAGAGAGGGCGAUGGGCAAGAUGAACGAGGGUAGGUUGAGGAGGGAGAGGAACGAGGCGAGGAUGGCGUUGGUUUUCAGGGGGGUGGGGAUUCUGCCUCAUGCGGGGGCGAGAGGGAUAAGGGUUUCUCAUCAGGGGGGCCAGACGGGGUUGGGGGCUGUGGGGUUGGGGCCGGGGGAGAGGGAUAUGGAUAGUAUGGAUGAGGUGGGGGGGAGUGAGGGUUUGAAGGAGGGGGUGGGGUUUUUUGGGGGGACGUCGACUGAGGAGAGCUCGCCUGCUGGUGGUGAAGAGGGGGGGGAGCAGGCUGGGGCGGUGUUGGUUCAACCUGACGGUGUGAAGGAGGGGAGUUGA